UCAUUAUAAUAAUCCACGCCCACACGCACCUCUGCACAAAGGUGAGCACCGCUGUACAACUUCCGCGCAAAGUAUAAGUUAAAGCAAAGUAAGAGAAGAGAGAGAGCGAGAGAGAGAGAGAGAGAAAGAGAGAGCAGCCAUGGCUGAGUCCCAGCUACAAUGCAUGGAAGACGGAAGUAUCGUUGAGACCAUCCAUGAGUCCAGGCCGGAGUUUUACUACAGUGAGACGCACCGGACGGCGCUCGAGGAGCUGCUGCGUAAAGGUGACGGUGCUUUUAAGGAGCUCCUCCGCAAGGACGACGCUAAGGACUUCCUUUCGCCUCCUGAGGUCAAUGUGAUAAAAAGCACCGUAGAACAAUACAGCACGCAAGAGGACAUAAGCGUAGCGACGCCUCGGAUACACGCAGACGAUGCGACGUCUUUACGCUCGACCUACUGGCCCGAGAUCUCCGACAUCGGAGUGCCGCCGUUGGACAUCGGCUGGCCGCACACUGGCUUCUUUAAAGGGGUGACGCGCGCGGUGGUGUACGCGCACCCGCCCAAAGACAACGGCCCGCACAUUAAAGAAGUCGUCCGUAAGCUGAUCCGAGACGCACACAAGGUUAUCGCUAUUGUGAUGGACCUUCUCACAGAUCUUCAGAUCCUACAAGAUCUGCUGGAUGCCGCUUCCCAGCGUAACGUUGCUGUCUACAUUAUACUGGACAGCAAGGGAGCGCCACACUUCAUCGACAUGUGCAACAGACUGCAGGUCAACCAAAAGCAGUUCCAGAACAUCCGAACCCGCAUGAUGAGAGGUGUUGGACUUGAUCUGUCCUAUGGGAGGAUCCCUGGGAGUUUGAGCAACAAGUACAUGCUUAUCGACGGAGACAAAGUGAUGUUCGGAUCUUACAGCUUCUCCUGGAUUUCAUCCCGUAUGGACAGAAAUAUAAUCACCGUCAUGUCAGGACAGAUUGUCGACUUUUUCGACCGGGAUUUUAGGGAGCUUUAUGCCAUGUCACGUGAGAUUAAAGUCUUCAAGGAGUUUAGCGCCAGUAAACCUAGCAAAGCACCAUCGACGCGCAUGACCAUACCGACACGACCCGUUCUACCCGCCACCUCCCGCUUCCAAGUGAGUCUGGGAGAAAGAGGAACUCUGAAAGUUCCCGCCCACAAAUACUACAACCCUAAAUACGAGCUAGCGAUUGGCGGCCUUCCUGAAGACACCACUCGACAGGAUCUAAUAACCAAAAUGGAGGAAUCUAUCAAAAUGUUUGCAGCAGCGGGGAAUCCAGUGGAUGAAGACAAUGAGAUGGAAGCGAUCACCCCACAUUCGUCUCUGAAUAGCAAAAAAGGUACCAAAUUAAUAUGUGUACCAUCAAAGAAGAAGAAAAUAUUUUCAAUAAAACCGCGAAAAUCAAAACGAAAAGGAGAUGAGAAUGAGGGAGGAAAAGAGGGUGAGGGUGAGGGUGAGUCUGGUCCCUCUACUACAACAAAACUGACCAGUACUAUAGAAGAUAUUACAGAGAGCCCAGAGAAACCUACUGCUGAAUCGCAGACGUCUGAGAAAACAAAGAGUAAAAAGAAGAAAAACAUCACGUCAUCACAAAGUGAAGAUCAGGGUUCAGAAAACCAGAAAGACAAGAAAAAGUGUGUCAUCUCUUGAAGACUUGAAUGGAACAAAUCGCAAUUAAAAAAUGAAGUUUCUGAGGCUUCUCAGCCAACAUGUCGCUUAUAUUUGCUAGUGUCAUUUUGUUAAUUUAGCAAAUUAGCCUUGUCAUGCUCAAAACUUUUGUUUUAAAUACAACCAAAUCUAAUUCUUAAGGUAAAAUACAGCUUACAAUCUGUGCUAGAAGGCAGAAUAACUGUGAUGUGUGAGGAAAUAUACAUAAUUUGAUUCAAUUCUUUGAUCACAGAGCCUCUCACAGGUAUAAAACUAGACUAUUAUCAUUACACAUAAUAUUAGCACUUAGCAUUAGCACAAUCAGAAUCAGAUCCACACAAACCAAACAGAGAGGCUAAAAGCUAGCACGUGAUUCCUCAAAAACAUGAAACAAGACUCAAAACUUCUUCCCAAUUGCUGUUCAUGCUACAACACAAUGCUAUUGAAUACCCUCAGAGGAAAACAUGAGCUCUUGAAGAUACCCACGAUUUGCUAGAUUUGUUAUGACUGACAGGGGAAAUUGAGAAAAGAACACUUAGAGUUUUGCGCUCGUAUUCAAACGAAUUGCUGCUGCUAAGUUUUUUUACAGGACCUUUACAGACAAGAUGUGGGUAGUGUGUGCUAGUGCUAGUUUUAUCAGGCAGCCCAUAUUUUAGCAUAGCUACAUAUGCCAGGCCACAUGGGUUUUACAGAUCAACACAACACUGACCUCAUAGCAUAGUCUACACAUUUGUAACACAAACUGUGGACAUCACACUAAUGUGCAAACCCCUUUCCUCACUGGCCUGAAGUUAGCAUGUUUGCUAGGAUGUCUCUUCUGAAUAACAAGCACAGCAAACAGAAAUGUGUCCUUGCUAUUAGCUAGGCCUUUCAUUCAUUCAUUUUAUUUUUCAGUAUAAUCACUUGACAUGUCCUUCACAGUCUGGACUGGAACGAAAUUUGCCCCAGCUGCGAUUUCGUAAGAUUCCGUGUAAUUUUACUCAGCACUGUUUGGGAUACACUUGUUUUGAUUUUGUAAAGGUAAAAAAAAAUAAUAGCUGUUUGUCACCGACAAAGAACAAGACAGGCUAGAUUAGCAUCAAAAUGAAUAAGCAGGUAUAAACACACCUAAGAUGACUUGGCUUUUUUCUGCAUUUUGUUGUAAAAUAUCUGUGAAAAUGUAGACUUUUUUCCUCUCAGUCUCAGGAACACUAAGAAUUUAACUUCGAUGUUGGACUAAAUGUAUAUACAUUUUUUGUUUAAAUCUAUUUUAUAGGAAUUAUUAUAGAAACAAAUUUGAUAUUAAAUAAUAACAUCAAGUAUUGUUUUGGUGCAAUUUUGAAAAUGGUGCUGUGGAAAUAAUACAGAGCUGUGCUGCCAUCUAGCGGUUGAUUUCUUUGUGUGUAUAUAUAGUGUAUUUAAACUGUAUGUAUACCGGGGUGUGUGUGUGUGUGUGUGUGUGUGUGUGUGUGUGUGUGUGUGUGUGUGUGUGUGUGUGUGUGUGUGUGUGUGUGUGUGUGUGUGUGUGUGUCUUAUUGCAUAUGUCUGUUGUGACAGAGUCAAUUUAUUAAAGAUCUGAUGCCAAAAGCUGGACUGAGCAGAUGUCAUUCAAACAAAGCAAUAACAGAAAUUCAAAGCAUUAUAGAAAUUCAAUCAUAUAUUCCUCA